AUGAUGUUUCCAGAGGAAGAUUUCGGGAGUCGUCGCUCUCGUUAUCGUGAUGACGAAUCCGAAAGUCGGUAUGAUCGUGAUCAUCGCUCGAAUCGUCGAAGUCGCUCUCACAGCAGGGAUUACCAUCGUGGCAGUCAUAGCAAACGAUAUCAAGAAGAAACUGGUCGAGAAUACGGUCGCCACAGUGAUCGUUCUUCCCGACGACAUGGAUCAAGAGAAAGGCGCCGCGAACGUUCUCGUGAUCGUAGUCAGAUUUCAUCCAUUCCUCACAGGGAGUCUUCGAAUGCCCCAGAUUCCUCACGUUCAAAUCGAAACGAAGCAACUAGGGAUUCAAAAGGACGUCGUGGAGGCGAAAAGGAGUCCUAUAGAAGCAGUCAUCGCAGUGGUCGCCAUCGUCGAUCACCAGCCCCACGUAGCAACCGAUCACCUUCUACAUCUCGAAGAGCUGAUCUUCCGGAAGUAGGGAUUCAUUCAUCUUCAACGACAUCUGUUAAUCCACUGGAGGCAGUUUCAGCUGCAGCUGCUGAUAUUAGUGAGAAACUGCGUCGAUCAGGAGAUGGGGUUUUUUAA